AUGUCGCAACUAACGCAACCCUUCCAGUUUCUGCGCGAAUACAAGCUGGUGGUGGUAGGAGGUGGAGGGGUGGGCAAGUCAUGCUUGACCAUCCAGUUGAUCCAAAGCCACUUCGUCGAUGAAUAUGACCCUACUAUCGAAGACUCAUAUCGCAAGCAAUGUAUGAUCGAUGAUGAAGUCGCCCUCCUCGACGUUUUGGACACGGCGGGCCAGGAAGAAUAUUCGGCGAUGAGGGAGCAAUACAUGCGGACCGGCGAAGGGUUUUUACUCGUCUACUCGAUAACCUCGCGACAAUCGUUUGAAGAAAUCAUGACUUUCCAGCAACAGAUUCUCCGCGUCAAGGACAAAGAUUAUUUCCCCAUCAUUCUCGUGGGCAACAAAUGUGAUCUCGAGUCGGAAAGAGUUGUUUCGCAAGAGGAGGGCGCUCAGUUGGCGAGACAGUUUGGCUGCAAAUUCAUCGAGACUUCUGCUAAAUCCCGGAUAAACGUUGACAAUGCCUUCUACGACCUUGUUCGAGAAAUUCGAAGAUAUAACCGAGAGAUGUCAGGAUAUCCCGGCGGUGCGCCAGGGCUUGGGUCCCUCGGCCCAGGGCAAAAGAUGGAGAUGGAUAAUCAAGCAGAAAGCGCAGGUUGCUGCAGUCGGUGCGUGGUCAUGUAA